AUGCGUUUCACCACCCUGCUCCUCGGCAUUUUCCCCGCUGCCCUCAUGGCGUCUCCCCUUGAGACCAACGUGAUGGACGUUGAGGCGAGCAACGUUGAUGUUACUGCCAAAUUCUGGGGCGGCGACCUCUGCGAUGGCCCAGUUGACUCGAUCAGCCUUGUCGGCUCUGGCUCCUAUCGGUGUGUUGCUGUCACCAACAAGCGGUCUAUUUCGGUGCCUUCCAUGAAUGGCUGCACCGUGAAAACGUGGAGUGGAAACAACUGCCGUGGGUCUUCGUUCAAGGUGCCUGACACUGGUUGUCACUCGGUUCUGUACGCCGGCGUUUCCAUUCAGUGCUAG